AGUGUGCGUGCAUAUCGCUAAUGAGCUGCUCCGCCACUGCGCAACGAUGGAGCUAUCGCAACGAUGGAGAUGACGCAAACAGACCCAGCUCCCCAAAAAAGUGUUUCAAGGCGAACAUGGCGGCAACUUAAUCGCGGUCCAAGAUGACAAUGGCCAACGAGAGAAGUGAUUUUAGGCUUUCCGGCCAGGUACGGGACAGAGCGAGCAGCCUGCGUGCAUCCGAGGCGCUCGUCGCUCUCCUUUAAGUGCAUCUGCAACGCGAGCGGCGGCGGACGCGCAGCAUCAGCACCGAGAGGCUCGCAACAGCUGGUCUCCCCGCGCCCCCGACGAGCGAACAAACCCGGGCAGGGACGACAGGGAGAGGGGGGCAUGCGGUCAAAGAGGACGCCGUUUCCCCCCGGAGAGCCAUGGAGACGCAGGAUGCGGCAGCGCGAAGCGUAAUCCUUGCGGGCGCGCUAAUUGGACCGGAGUAGCGCCGAUCGCUGCGGGCGCGAUAGAGGAGCGCCCUGGACCGGCGGAGGCACGGCACCCCACGGCUACAGAGGAGAACCGACCGGAGUCCAUCUCCCCCAAGUCAAUGAGUAUUGUGACAGAGCAGCCCCCGCGGUGGAGUCGGCCAGGGCAGCACUUUCCUAAAAUAUGACCAGGGGUGCUUGGAUGCGUCGGCAGCACGAUGGAGGCUUAAAAUACUGGUUUGCACCCCGAGAGAACGAGAAGCCAUUCACCGAGUCGGAGCGGGCCCAGAGAUGGCGACUGUCGCUGGCCUCUCUGCUCUUCAUCACCGUCCUGCUCUCUGAUCACUUGUGGUUCUGCGCCGAGGCGAAACUGACGCGGACCCGAGACAAGCGCUCCGACGAGCGGCGUGCAGUCACGGGCACGGGCGAGCACCCCAACUCCCCCCAGCGACGCCGUCCCCCACCGCCACCUCACCCCCACCGUCUCGCCGGAGAUGCUAUUUUUGUAGGGAAUUCUACCAGUCCUCUGUCGCGGAUGGACACCUGUCUGCCCGACAGCGUGUCCAAAGACUGCUUCACUUUCACGGACGCGGAGACCGUGUGCGUGGGCCUCUCCGGCGCGGGGGAGAAUGGGACACGGCUGGCGGACGUGAAUCUGAGCGAUUUGUACCUUUCUUUUUGUAAUUCCUACUCACUUUUGGAUUUGUUUUACGGGUUUACGAGUCCGGGCGACAUGAAUUGCACCCUGGAUAUGGCCAAGGGGGAGGACCUGCUGGGAUGCAGCGAGUGUGUGCGGGCUUACCAGCUUCUGGACGAGCAGGCGGAGGACAACUACCGGGAGUUUGAACUCAUGGUUCAGAAAUACGAGACGGACGCGUACUCAGUCAGGACGUGCAUGGAGGAAUGCAAGACGGUUUAUAAGCCCUGGCUGUGUUCUCAGUACUUCCAGACCACCCAGAUGCACUGCAGCAAGCGAAUCCCCUGUGGUCAGUACUGCCUGGAGGUGCAGCAGCGGUGCCCCUUCAUCCUGCCCGACAAUGAUGAUCUCAUCCAUGGAGGCAGCCCCAGUUUUAUAUGCACAGGGCUGCUGCAGGACUAUCCAUCAGGUGUGGAUCCCAAUGCAGAGUGCUGCGAUGUGCGGUGGGACUUGAAAGUGGACAACCGUUCCCGGGGGACCCUAAAAAGAACUCACCCACCAUGCCAGCACCGUACCUCUCUCAGCUCCUCGGCAGCCUGCAGACUAUGUAACAGCCGGCUCAAACUUUGCCUGCUGGUACUCGUCCUCCUACACACUGUUGCCAGUCUCACUGCAUCCUACAAUGCAACAGGACUGGGCCUCCCCGUCAUCACGUCUCUGGAGGAGAGCCCCGCCAAUGAGGAGUGAUAGAGCUUCCAGGGGGAGGCGAGACCGUCAGGGUGGGGGAUUCCCUCACCAUGGCAACCAAUGUGGAAAAAUACAGCCACAGUGGUGUGAACGGCUGGAGCUGUGUGCCUGUGGACAUUCUGCAACACUUUCUGACAAAAAGGAAAUGCAGGAUCAUUUGAGAUAAAAGACACACAAAUCAAUCAAAACGAAUAUUCGAUGAAACAGACACAGCAAGGGGCGGAACUAGGCCCUUGGGUAGUAAAAGGGGACAAUGCCACAGCCUUUGUUGAGUGGGAAGGUCGGCUUCCUCAUGGCUGAGUUUCUCUCACUACGCUUUUUUACACUGUGUUCCAAUUAUUGGUUUCUGUUGCACUGGCUGACUAUGAAAUAACAUAAUCAUAUUCUCUCUCUAAUGUUCAUCCUUUGUCUUUGUUUCUUGGUCUCUCAUACAGGACGAAAAUGCGAUCUCUAAAUAAGAUAGACGAUGUGUUAAAAAAUUAUUAGCCGCAAGUUUGCGUGUGUGCGUGCGUGUGUGUGUGUGUGUGCGUGUGUGUGUGCGUGUCAGAGAAUGCAUGUUGCAGACAUGUACCCUAAAAGUCUAAAUAACAGACUGAUGCCCCCCCCACGCUACCAGAUGUCGCUUAGCUUUGCUGUGCUGGCUUGAAAUUCACUGGGCUUUCAAUGGGGCUCUGGUUGUUGUUUCGCACAGGUUUAUGGAUUUCUCUCAUCGUUUUGCGAGAUAAUACAAUAACCUUUACAAAGUUACAAGCUCUACAAUUUGCAUCAAAAACAAGCUAACACCUGCCUGUACUGCGUAGGACAUCAGGGGAACAAAUCAUUUGUGGAGUGUCACCAAAUGAAUGUUUCAUCAAAUGAAACAAAAAACGAUAAGAUGGAAGACACACAAAAUUCAGGUUACCAUAGUUAUUUUUAGAAUAAUAUUGAUGCUUAUCAGAAGGUUUCACUCAUUUCUAGAUAAACAGAAGCAGGACACAAAUAAGGACAUUUUAUAGACAUUGGCAAAUAAUGGUUUGGGUUACCACAUGGUACAGUACUUUGUGUUGAUCAAUAUAUUCUGUUCAUUUACCACUUUUUUUAAUUCACAUGACAGUUCUUUUGACCCAGUUCAGAUUCUGGUCAUGUUUCAGCCACAUGGGUCAGCAAAGUUAACCGACUCUGGAAAUGUUCGACACAAUCAGCACAUUUAUCACCGUUGCUCCUGCUGUAGAGGUUUAUCCUAUUUUAUGUGUAUUAAAAGGUAGUAUCCAGUCAACACAAUGACCACACAAGAGGUUCUUUUGUUAAUGAUUGUGGUUAGUAAUAUACAAGUUUAUUGCAACAGAAUUUGUUGCAAAAAAAAUAAAUCAAUAUACUGUUUGUGCCUGAACCUAAACUAUUUUAAUGACUUCAGGCUUUUUUGAUUCCAGGAAACAGAUCUAAGACUGGAUACUACCUUUAGAGCUACCUUUACAGUAAACUGAAAUGUCCAUUUGGUAACGAUUAACAUGAAAUCAUGUUAAAUUCAAUAGAUAUAUGGCAUUCUCUGGCAAUCAAUACCUAUAGUAUGCAGUAAGAAUCUAAAUCCAAAACAAAUAUGAUUUGUUGGUGUUGAAAUGUUGAUCCGUUUCUUCUUUUAAUCAAAAUGUGUAAUCUAUCCUCAUUAACUGCAUGUGAAGGCUUUUUACAAUUUAUGACGGCCUCUUUUGUUAAUUGUCCUCAGCCCCACUAAAUAAGCAUAAACAGCACAUCUGCUCCGAAAUCAGCUCCUGUAGCAUGUCUUGUACUUUUUUCCUCAGAACAUGAAACUAAUCUCUCAUCAAGUAAAGGGCUUAUUAAGAUAUACAGUACAAACAUUACCAUCUACAUCCUCAGAUACAAGCAGACAAAGGUUACAAACAUGGCUCAUGUUUUUGAACGCUUGAGUGGCUGUUACAGAAACAAAUUCAGAGAUAAAGACAUGACAUCGUUUGGUACAGCACUAAUAGUAAAACCCGAUAAUCAUCUAAGUCAGCUGACAUUAUGUUUUUUCUUCAAAACGUUAACCAGCGUACGACAGGAAAGGAAGCGGUGUGACUUUAAGGGCUGACUUCUUUAGUUUUUACUUUGUGUCUUUUUAAUGAACACAGCUGUGACAUGAGCUAUUCGAAGACAGACAGAUGUUGCUGAAUGCAUUUUUUUCCACUCUGAGUAUGUUGAUUACUUAAAUGAGAUGUCCAAAUCAAUAUGAUGUCAAGAAUUUUACUACACAGCUUAUAUGAGGAUUUAAAUCACUGCAUUAUCCACUUCAUUGAUGUAUAUUUGUUUUACUUUGACACUGAUGCCACUUAGACCCAAUGUUACCACUUAUGCUUGCAUUAAAUACAGAACCACUCAUUGUCAUUCAGCACAACACACCCAUGCCCGUCUUGGACCACAUUCAGAGGUAGAAACAUGCUGCUAUACUAUUGGCCACCAGUAGAUGGAGAUAUUUGUAUUCUUUUAUAUUGUUACUGCUGCUGAAGACCUACACAGAUACACAGGAAUCAGGAAAGCUGGGUUCUGAAAGAUAAAGCAAUGUUUAUGUGUGUGUGGAUAAGACAUGUGUGUGUACAUCUGUGUGCAUGCAUAUGCGGGGAUGUGUGUUUGUCUUUGUCACUAGUGCUGUCUCCUCUGCAGAGCUCAUUCAUGUUGCAGUGACCUUGGGCCCUGCAGGACAGGUGUGGCUAACCUACACUGUCUUUAGACCCACAAGGGAUUGUGGGUAGUAGUCGCACUGCUGCCCUAAAGCUGCACGUAGUAUGUUAUGAAAUCAAUUUACUGCACAAUGUGUAACCAACCCGAACUCAAAACAGACAGAGCUAUGUUUUUCCUGAACAUGUCUUACAGAACACAUCCUCAGCUGGUGUCUGAAAGGUGGUGAAAGAUGUCGAGAAUGAUGAAAAGAACCCACGGUUACUGAAGUGGACAGACAUGUUAACCUGGUGCCAAAUCAAGCCUUGAAACGAGUAACAUAUCUGCUCCAUAUCUGACACGACACAGCUUUUCAGCAGGAAACAGGAGGGGAACAGGGUCUGUCAUAGAAAGGUGCCAUAAAAGCCUCAUCACCACAGCGAGUAAUCUAUUGAAGACAGGUGAAACCAUUCUGCGCAUCAUGACAGCAGUAGUGCUGUGAUGUCACAUCCAUCACAAACCAACUGUUGGACAUGUUCAUACAACAAAAACUGCAUUCAAACGUCAUGCAGAGGCCAUGUCUGCUUUACACGCAGUAACGCAUCCUCACCGUGGUUGCAUGGGUGUAAAUGCUGUGCACGUGUGUGUUCUUCUCAUCUCUUCAGACACAUUUGCAGCAUCAGACGUGUGUGUGCGCGUGCAAGAUUUCUUCCAAACAAUAAUAGAAUUAGAGUUAACGUAAAUCACUGAUUUGACUUUUUUUGGUAAUGCAGGCAUGCACGCAACAAUUACUCUGCUGUAGAUUUUAUUUUAUGAAUUUGUGUGUUCUGGUUUGUCUGUUGUUUACUGCAUUAUACCAAGAAGACAUUUGUAGGGUCCUACACAGUAGAUUCAGUCUAGCUCCCUGACAAUGGUCUGUAGCAGUCGUAGGGUAUGGUCUGUCACGUUCUAUAACACACCGACCUACAAAAACAUUUUGUGUUCCGCCCCUGCACUUAUAGACUAUGCCCUGACCCCUGUGCACCUGCCACCAAAUGUUAUGUACACAAAUAUUUUCCUGUCUCACUCCUUUUCAGCCUCUUUGUUUUCACAAUAGUUCUGUUCUCUAUCCUGUGGAUCUAUGCAGAAACAUUCCCUUUUUGGUUGUAAAUAUGUUCCCUGGUAUGCUGAACACUGUAUGUCUUUACGUCCAUGUUUUCAUGUGCAUUUUGAGUUGAUGUCAUGCUGUUUUUAUCUUCUUAUCUAAUUCCUUUUGUAUUUUCAGCGUCUGAAAUCACUGAUGUUAAAAGAGAAUGUGGUGAGAAUUAACCAAUAGACUUGUCCUCAGCUUCGCAACCUUAUUGUGAAGGUUGUGGUUCUGUGUGCGUGAGAAGGAGAAAGAUUUAUGAUAUAGAAAUAAAAGAGGGUUCAAAGGCAUAUAGUAUCAUAAAAGUUAUAAUUAUUAUGAUUACUAUUAUACUACCAGUAUAUUGUAAUAUUAUAGAUGCUUUAGUUCAAGUAACUUCUUUAAUUUUUUUACAAACGACUUUGAUGAAAUGAUUUAUAAAACAGUCUCACAAGUCAUGAUCUUUUCAAAAAGUAUGAAAACUACUGCUACAAUGAUUCAAAUUGUGUUCUGAUUAAAUAAAAUACAGACAUAUAA